CGUCUGUCACGCAUUUCCCCCUGAAACCUGAAUAACGGCGAAGGAAAGGGAUAUUUCUCAUCAGCGCUUGUGGUUUUUUUUAUAUAUAUAAAAGGAUAAGAGAAGAAGACAGAAAUCAAAACAUAUCUCCUGGGAUUGUUGAAGUAGUGUUGUCGAAGAUGAUCCACAGUUUGUUCCUGGUGAACUCCACGGGAGAUAUCUUCCUGGAGAAGCACUGGAAGAGCGUGGUGAGCCGCUCAGUGUGUGAUUACUUUUUCGAGGCGCAGGAGCGAGCCAGCGAGCCGGAGAACGUUUCCCCGGUGAUCCCGACGCCGCACCACUACCUCAUCAACGUGCUCCGACAUCGUAUCUACUUCGUAGCUGUGAUCCAGAGCGAGGUUCCUCCUCUGUUCGUCAUAGAGUUCCUGCAUCGUGUCGUCGACACGUUUCAGGACUAUUUUGGCGUGUGCACUGAGGCGGCCAUUAAAGACAACGUGGUGGUGGUGUACGAGCUCCUGGAGGAGAUGCUGGAUAACGGCUUCCCCCUGGCCACCGAGUCCAACAUCCUGAAAGAGCUGAUUAAACCUCCAACCAUCCUGCGCACCGUCGUCAACACCAUCACAGGAAGCACGAAUGUUGGAGAGCAGCUCCCCACAGGUCAGCUAUCGGUGGUGCCAUGGAGACGCACCGGAGUCAAAUACACCAACAACGAGGCUUACUUCGAUGUGGUGGAAGAGAUCGACGCCAUCAUCGACAAGUCAGGUUCCACGAUCACGGCAGAGAUUCAGGGUGUGAUUGAUGCGUGUGUGAAGCUGACAGGAAUGCCGGAUCUCACACUGUCAUUUAUGAAUCCUCGGCUGUUGGACGAUGUGAGUUUCCACCCGUGUGUCCGCUUUAAACGUUGGGAGGCCGAGCGAAUUCUGUCCUUCAUCCCUCCGGACGGAAACUUCCGGCUGCUCUCCUACCACGUCAGCUCUCAGAACCUGGUGGCCAUCCCGGUCUACGUCAAGCACAACAUCUCGUUCCGCGAGGGCAGCUCUCAGGGCCGCUUCGACCUGACACUCGGCCCCAAACAGACCAUGGGGAAGGCCGUGGAGUCGGUGCUGGUGAGCAGUCAGCUCCCGCGCAGCGUCCUCAAUGCCAGCCUCAACCCUUCACAGGGCACCUACACCUUCGACCCCGUCACCAAGCUCUUGACGUGGGACGUGGGGAAGAUCAACCCACAGAAGCUGCCCAGUCUGAAGGGCACCAUGUGUCUGCAGGCCGGAGCCUCCAAACCAGACGAGAAUCCAACCAUCAAUAUCCAGUUUAAGAUCCAGCAGAUGGCCAUCUCAGGCCUGAAGGUAAAUCGGUUGGACAUGUACGGCGAGAAAUACAAACCUUUCAAAGGCAUCAAGUACAUGACCAAGGCGGGCAAAUUCCAGGUGCGGACCUAGAGGCUGACCUCCUCUCCAGCUUCCAGCCGUCUCCAACGACAGCGAACGCACAGCGGGUCGUUACACUGUGGGGGGGGAAUCAAUGGGGGCUUGGAAACGGAGAAUAUGAGUAUGGGGUUGAUUUAAGUGGGAGCAUAUUUUUCAGGAUUUAAAGGAAUUCUUUGGCGGAAAAUGCUGAUAAUGCUAUUUGAAUGCUAUUGGUUAAGCGUCCUUCCUAUACAUAAUAGCAACGUUAGCAUUCCUGAGGUAAAAGUAUUCCUUUAAACAUAGCCACUGUUCUCUUGUGUGGAUGAUGAGGGAAGCAUGCAAGUAGUGUGUAUACAGUCUGAAGAACAGACUCAUCUUCCUAGCGUGAUCUUUAGCCCGCUCUCGUGUCCGGGGUUAGUGCUCCUAGCUUUAAUUACAACAUUUAUAAGAAAUCCAACAAAUUUGCUCCGUCCUUUGACUUCCUACGAAUUAUGCAGUGCGUUGUCUUCAGAUGUUCUGCUUCUCUUUUAUUGUCAUAGUCAGUUUAUUUAAAUUUCUUCUUGUUGACUCAAAAACCUUUCAUUUUAAGUCAUGGAAUUCUACUUUAUUUAUUUAAAGCUUUAAUUAUUGAGAUAAAAGAUGGCAGCAUUACAUCUUAUUCCAUAAGCAUUAAGCAUUACAUCUUAUUCCAGAUGCAACGAGGAAAUCUACUUGAAAAACUACAAUACAGUUAACAAUGAAGGGGAAAAAAAAACACUUCAAACUUUUACAGUUAGUUGAUUGAUAUCUAGUGCAUGUCACUGUAAGCCUGCCCUCUUAUUGAUCAUGCACUUAGCUUUCCAUUUUGCUAAUGGCUUCACUGCUGAGACACUACCAUUACCAAGCCGACAUCGGUGCUGUAUCCUGAACCACAUUAUCCCCCAACUUUAUACCGUUCACAAGCACAUCUGGACAGAUUUGUUACACCCACAUGUCUUAGAUCCAGAAUAUAUCUCUGAGGGAAAUACUAUAACCACUAGUUCACUGACUGGUGAACAUCUAAGUUGAGGCACUGAAGCAACAAGGACCAAUAAAAUACACUCCGAUGGUUGUUUGUCACUGGAUAUUUUCUGUUUGCCGUGUUUGUUUCUCGUUUCCUGCAAAAUAAUAAUAAAAAAAGUCUGAACUAAAAA